CAUCAACAUCAACACAGAAAUACAACUCUAUCUAGAUCCUUACAACGUCUACACUUAACGGUCUACACCUUUUCACCAGGGUUGUUCGUCCAUAUUAUUUAUUUGGCGCAAGCAUGACACCUCUUUCCUCAAAGCACAGCUCUACCGCCAGCGAGAAGAGCAGCACCGCUUCCACCGGCAGAAACACGUCUAGCUCAAUCGCCCGCAGCAAUGCUGCCAAAGACCUGAAGUUGUGGGAUAUCAUGCGCAUGUACUCCGAAGCGCCUCCCACUGCUGGAAUCAUUUGGGCCCUCCCCAAGACCUCGAUCUAUCCAGUUGUCGACGUCCUGGAACUCUCCUUACGCGAACGUAAACGUCUCUGUGCGGGCCCUCGAGUCGAAGUCUUCGAGGGCAACAGCCAUGUGGCCACAGUUCCACUGCAUCUUAUGCUCUCUGUCUCGAGUAAAACCCGCGACAUGUAUCACCAGAAACCUGAUCUCGCCGAAAUCCACCUACCGCAAGGCAUCGAAGCGGCUCCAAUCAAACACAUUGUCAGUUGGCUUGAUAGCACUGGCAGGCUCGCGAAGUGUCCGAACCUGCCUGAAGGGCAAACCCCAAAGCAAGACCUGAUGAUCUGCCGCGCAGCUAUGGCUUUGGGAUUGGAACGUCACUACUACGAAAACAUCUUCGGUCUAUACUGGACUCGGUUUGCGACUCUCCGCGGUUGUCAACUGAACAGGGAAAUCUACCAGAAUAUAGCGGAUGUGGAGGCGUUGGCACUGGAUGAGAAUGACGUCUUCUUCGCCUGUGUAGUGAAGCGAUUGGCGGAGUUGAGGCGGGCAGGCGACAUGGGUGAUAAGGCUGUGUGGGUGAAACUUUUUUGCGCGCCAUUGGAAGUUGGCCGUUGCAAUGCAGAAGAUGGAUGGAGGUGUGGGCAGGCGCAGGAGCACGUACUACGUGGAACAAACGAAUAG